CGCGCCGCCAUGCCCGGCGCGGGGUGCCUCCCGGCGGCCGAGCUCGCCGCGCUGUCCAGGGUCUGCCGCGACGGGGCCGCGGCGGCGCGGCUCAAGACGGGGUCCCUGCUCGCCAUCCUCAUCGCCAGCGCCGUCGGCGUCUGCCUCCCCGUCGCGCUCACCAGGGCCUUCAAGGGCCGCGACGGCUACGCGCGGGGGCUCCUCCUCGUCAAGUGCUACGCGGCGGGGGUCAUCCUCUCCACCUCCCUCGUCCACGUCCUCCCCGACGCCUACGCCGCGCUCGCCGACUGCGCCGUCGCGUCGCGCAGGCCCUGGAGGGACUUCCCCUUCGCGGGGCUCCUCUGCCUCGUCGGCGCGCUGCUCGCCCUCCUCGUCGACCUCUCCGCCUCGUCCCACCUCGAAGCCCACGGCCACGUCCCGCCGCAGGAGGAGGAACAGCGCACCCCCUACGCCCCAAUCCCCACCACCAAGAAGGCCCCCGUCUUCGAGCUCGCCGGCGAAAUGAGCCCCAGGAAACGCGCCUUCCUCGACGACGACGACCACGACCCUGCACCGCGCGCCGACAGUCGUACGGAAGACCGGGACGACGUGGCGCUCUUCGGGGCCAAGAAGGGCGCCCGUUUGGUCCGCAGCGACGAGCCCGUGGUGGUGGUCCCUAGUACUGUCGGAUGCCAUGGCGGCGGGCAUGAGGUGGUGGAGGUGGGGGAAGGGGAGGAGGAGGAGGCUAGGAAGAAGCAGAAGAUGGUCUCCAAGGUGCUGGAGAUUGGGAUUGUGUUCCACUCCGUCAUCAUCGGGGUCACCUUGGGGAUGUCGCAAGACGUCUGCGCCAUCCGUCCGCUCGUCGUCGCGCUCUCCUUCCACCAGGUCUUCGAGGGGAUGGGCCUCGGCGGAUGCAUUGCGCAGGCAGGUUUCGGGGUGGCAACAGUGGGUUACAUGUGCUUAAUGUUCUCAGUGACAACACCACUGGGAAUACUUCUUGGAAUGGCAGUCUUCCAUAUGACUGGCUAUGAUGAUAGCAGUCCAAACGCCCUGAUAAUUGAAGGCCUUCUUGGUUCACUUUCUGCUGGAAUCCUUGUUUACAUGGCACUGGUUGAUCUUAUUUCUCUCGAUUUCUUCCAUAACAAGAUGAUGACAUCAUCUCUAAAACUGAAGAAGGCCUCUUACAUUGCAUUGGUGCUCGGAUCUGCUUCUAUGUCUAUUUUAGCUCUCUGGGCAUAGGUCAUAGUGAAAUGUGUAGAGGAACCAUUCUCAGAUUCCAAUAUGGUGUAUUGCAGUUCCGAGGAAUGCAUAUCUGUGGACUCGUACUCCCUUCAUGUAAAUUUGAAAUGACACAUUAUGGGGAACUUGAAAUCCACAGCGUUCUACUUUGCAGCCUA